AUGGCAAUAUUCGUUUUGCAGAAAGAGGAUACCAGUCCCACUUUAACCAAGAAAAGGUCUAUCAGGGACAGACAAAGGCAGCUGAACAUCUCACCUCCUAUGAAACAUGACAACUCUGUAGCGUCUUGGAACACUCUGCACAGGAGUGCCUCUCUGAACUACAAGUUCUACAAUGUCAAGCAGACGUACAACCCAACCGAGACAUCUUCUGAUAUUACCCAUUUGGAUCCCAAUGAACUCCGAGACUCUAAUGGUACACCACUGAUCGACCAUUAUUUGCAUGUCACAAAGGGUUCGUUGGUUCAGAAGAUUAGCGAUAUGGGCGAUGGCAUGUGGUAUGUGAAACCCAUAAAUGAACUGGUAUGCGGAUUAGUCCCAGCUUCUUACCUUGAGGAAGAAAAACAGCUGAACUGUACCUUAUCGGCAAAACCCCAUGCUGCAAAAUGGAACACAUCUCUUAUCGACUUGACACCCCCAACUUCGCCAUCAACAAUUGUAUCAAAAACCUUUAGCAAGGCGUCUUACUCUAGGAAAACCUCACUGAGUAUAGAGAGUCCGAGGUCCAAACAGGAUAGUUUCCUUGCAGUUAAACUCAUAACCAAAUGUGAAGUGGAAUCAAUUGAACUCAAGGAUAAUAGGCUAGAAUAUACUGUGAGGAUUCAAGACUCCGAAGGUAACACAAAGGUGAAGCAUAUCUAUUACAGUGCAUUUUAUAAGCUGCACACAAAGCUCAUGGCUGGAUUGAAGGAAAACAUGUCUCUUCCAAACAUUCCUGCGCCAUCAUCUAAUUAUGCACAAGAAAAGGUCGACGAAUCGACUAAACUUGACAGACUCCAAAUGUUCAACACUUACUUGACGUAUCUGAUUGAUGUCAUCUAUGACAUAAAGUCUCCACUACAUCUACAGGACACGUUCACUAACUGGGUCAACGACAUAGAACCUUCAAGUGCCAACCAACAAAUUAAGAUUAAGAUACUAUUCCAAGGAGAUUACUACGCUCUUAAAUGUACCAAGAGUGAAAUUGAUAAUCUGGAUAAGUUGCACGCCUUGCUCAGAUCAAAAAUCAGAGCAUUGAAGGACAGAACAUCACUAAAAAUGACGGCUAAACUUGAAGGUUGGUACAUUGUAGAGUUGACUGACGAGAUAAUGUAUCGUAUGAUUCUUGCAAAGUUGAACGAUAUUAGGCGGCUAGCAAUAGAUGUAUCGUUAGUUGACUAA